AUGGUGUGCUGCAUGCUCAAGAGUGCAUCAGUGCAACUCCCCCCUGUCGUAUAAGCAAACUGUGUUGAACUCAGAUGCUGUUCGACAAUGUCUCGUGCAUGGGUGUUAAACACAGAUUUCUCAAACGCGUGUGCAAUUACAGGCGUGAUCUUAAUUCCUCUGAAGUCCUGCUUGCCCUUAGGGAUGUCGAUCUUAGGGAGGGGCGUCACGUGGGCCCUUUUCCACGAGGAGGGCCAUUGGCUAGUUUUCAGGGAAACAUUCCAGAUCUUAUGAAUGACACUUGUGAAGAUCUCAACGUGAUCCCUCCAAAUCCAAAAGGGAAUGAGGUCUGGUCCCAUAGCGGUUUUCUUCAGAUGUUGUAAGCAAUUCCACACGUGUCUUUCUGAUAUCUGAGGGGCUUCUAAGCUCUUAUCCACAAUAGCUGGUACAGGCUUCGUAUAUGCAUCAUCAGUGCACAAAUCGGCAAAGUAGUCGUUUAGCUCCUCCAGUGAUUUAGUGUCCAAUGUAACGUUAGCAGAAAUGCUGCAUCGUUGGGACAAAUUAUCUACGUGCUUCCACCAUUCUCUGGAUCCAACAGGUGCCUUUGCGAGUGUUCUUCUGUUCUUACUAAUCAAUUCGCUUAUUUUCCUGUUAAUCUCAGCCAGCCGAUCUUUAUUGCUUGGAGCUAUUCUUGACUUUACCCACAUUAACGAUUUUACUAAGGGUGUCAUCCAUACCGGAUCACACGGUGACAUCCGCACUGACCGCAAUGGCAUACCCUCAUCCAUGUGGUGUUUAAUUUUUGCUUCCAAAUUAUUCACUGCCUCCUCGAGAUCAUUUAAGUUUUAUCGAUGUUAUUGGGCGCACAUGUAAGCUUAUUUACAACUAUUAUCUGGUCCAUUUCUAGAUAACCAUUGGCACAAGAGUAUGCUCUGUACACUUUAAAGAAGCGGAUUUCAAGAGAACUUUAACAGGGAAGCUUGUUCUGAAGAAGCAUGCAGUUCCAAGUAUGCUUGGCUUGUCAAGAUCACCCAGAAAAAGAAAAUCUCUGAAAACGCGAGAACCACCACAUGCACGCCUGCGUUUAUUUGAUGUGAACAUGGCAUCGCCCCCAACUGUUCCCAUCACAAGUAAAUAUUGUCAGUGUAUUGUUGUCAGCAUUGUUUUAAACUUUUCUUGGUUAAAAUCGUGAAAUGAUCUGAGUUAUUUAGGUUUUUCAUUUAAUCCAUAG